GCUUGGGGGUGCGCUGUCUCGCUCUAGCCAGUUCCGACUCCUCGGACCUCGCCGGGGUGGUCCCUCAUGGCGAGCCCGGGCGCGCGGUCCGGCGCGCGGGGCGCGCGGCUUUGGACCAAGACGAUGGAAGUCGACCCCGUACGCCACUUGAAGCUCUCGCUCAUCGAGGAUCCCACGGAAGACGUGGAUGGUGACGCGUGGUGUGCGUGGUGCUUGUGGCCUGCUGCCAAGGUGUUGAUGGCAUACUUGGCCACCUUAGAGGACCAAGAGCUGAAAGAGAAGAGUGUUUUAGAGCUGGGAGCUGGCUGUGGUGCCGUGGGCAUGUACGCAGCACUGCGAGGAGCAAUGCCGGUGGUUCUGACAGAUGUGGAGAGUGCAUUGCCGCUUUUGAGACCUGGGAUUGAUGAGGAAAUCUUCGCAUUUGGCCCUACCACCAAAAGAGUGGAUUUGCCGCACGUUUUGUGCGGGAUUGGGGACGCCCCAAAUCAAACAGGUGGACCAAGCUUCGAUGUUCCAGGGAAACUGAGGGGGUCAGCAUGAGUGAUCAAAUCACCUCCCCAAACCGGUUGAACAUGUCUUUGCGUGGCACGUGUGCCAGUCCCUUGACCCACCCUAGAUGAGUUGAUGGGUGAGAGAGCCUUAGAAAGCCUAUAGAGGAAUUGUUGGGUGCACAUACAGAUCAAAAGUGGAUUGUUCUUUAAAGAUGUGUUCGCAAUUUGUGCAUGAAAUACAACAAUCUAUUCUGAGCCAUUCCCCCAUCGGGACUCUUGGACUUCUCAAAUGAGGCCAAGCACAGUCUGACUUGGAUUUGAGACCGGUUGGGGGAGCUUUACCCCUGACAAAUUUGGAGACCUGCAAGAGAGAUUUAGAGAGAUAUGAGAUAUCCUAAAAUGUUUUCUUAGGCUUUGUGGCUGCGCUGAGAAUAUGUCGCUUUCCGGAGAUGGAGAUGAAUACAACACAGUGACCUUUGAUUCCCCAGGCGCCCAGGCCCGCAAAUCCAAGGAGGCGGAAUUUAGCACAAAACUGCUUGGGCAGUCGAUGCUGCACUUGCCCCUUGCUACUCAGCACAAAGGUUCAUGGAGAUUUUGAGAGAGCUUUCCCAUGACAGUGCAGACUUCUCAUGGUUUCUUGCUCAAAACUCGACAACUGUGACCCGGCUCAUGUAUAUGUCGAGGACGUGCAGAUACAAGUGCACGGUGCACAGCGUUUGGUCAACUGUAUGCUUACAAUGACCUGACCAAAAAGGAGGAACGGAACCAGCACAAUGAUCCAACAACCGGGCCGCUGGCGAAACGAGACAUCACAUCUCCCAGUUGGUUGGGCCAUUUCAGCGAUGUUUUUGUUGAAAAAACACACCCACCCCGUGCGCACCGACAUGAAAUGCACCGCCGCAGAACAGACACAGUUCGACUCAGAUCACGCAAACAAGCACUCGCUGUUUGGCAUUUUUUGCUUUUUUCGUUCAUGGGGCGCUCAGUUGGUUGGGUUCUCUUGGGGCACCGUAAUGUAAUUCCCAGGCUUUCGCUUCUUGAGCGGCGUCUUUUUGACAAGCGUUCGAACGAAACGUUCAGACACGCCCCCUUCACCGGCUGGGACGGAAUGUCUUGGGUCCAGGUUUUGGGGCACUCCCCUCCACCGGCUGGCAGAGCCUUUGCAGCAGAACACGCCCUUCGACUGGGCGCUGGCGGCCGAUUGCAGCUAUGACUUUGUGAGUCCCGAGAUUCCCAGCUCCAUCGACGCGUUGCUGUGCUCUGCGCAGCUGGCCAAGCGUGCGCUGAUUUGCGUAUCUCGCAGGCGGAAUGAGGUGGAGGCCUUUCUGGCCUCGGUCGAGCGUGCGGGAAUUCAAGCUGAAGUGGUCCAUUCGCAGCGGGUGGACGAGGCCAAAGAGGGGGUGGCCGAAUGUGUGGUUUUUGCCCUUGAAUUUCAUGGUAAGUUGAAUGAAGGAA